AUUUUGCAUCGCCGGGAAAGUUGGAGCGCGGCGGGCAGCGGGCGCAUUGCGGGGCAGGGGGCUGCCGGGGGGCCCAGCGAUCCCGCCCCCCCGCCCCUGCGGAGCCCGGCGCUGCCUCCCCGCACCGCGGCCGGGGGAGGCGCAGGAGGACCGAGGACCGGGCGGAGAGCGGGGCUUGCCCGGCUCGCUCCGCCGGAGGCUGCCGCCCGCCUCCCCAAACUUCGCCCCGGAACUUCGCCAGGCCGGAUGGAUCCAUGAGCGGCGUCGGCUGCUUGCUCCUGGCCCUGGCCGCGGGCUCGGCUCGGCGAGCUCGGAGCCCGCCGGGGCGCACGGGCAGAGUUCGCGCCCUGGCACUGGAAUAACCCCCCGGAGAUUUCGCUGUUCCGGCCGUGGGGGCACCUAGCAGAUCGGGGGUGGGGGGGAUACACGUACCCGCACCUCUCGGACCCUCCUGCCUGUGGGGGUGGAGGUGUCCCCUUUGCUAAGUGGGUCCCGCUCCUCCUGCGGUAGGGCUUUGCACCCUUGGGUGCCCGGGGCUCAGGGCGCCCUGCGGGGGUGGGAGGGAGGCGCCGGGGGGUGGCGAGAGGAGCCCAGGGCAGUAGCCGCCCGUGGUGCCCCCUUCCCCCCUGAGCUGGGCGCCCCGGCUGGACCGCACGUGCCUGGAUUUGUUUGUCCCCCACCGCGGGGGUGGAUCCCGCACCUCGCACCGCACCGACCGCCAUGGCCCCGGGACCCGCCGCCCUGCUCUGCUGCCUCGGCGCGCUGCUGGCCCACGCCCAGGGCAAGGGGCUGGCGCCCAGCUCGGAGCCCCCGGAGCCCUGGCCCCCCGCGGCGGCCGUGACCCUGCCUGUGAGCUACCGCCUCUCCAACACCCGCCUGGCCUUCUUCCUGAAGGAGACGGGGGCGGGGCCGGGGGGGAACGCCAGCGCCCCCCUGCAGCGCUCCGAGCCCUUUGUCGUCUUCCAGACCAAGGAGCUGCCCGUCCUCAACGUCUCGCUGGGGCCCUUCAGCACCGGGCUGGUCCUGCCCAAGGAGCAGCUCCAGCCCUCCAGCACCCUGGAGAUCCCCGACCGCCUCACCGUCAACUGGAAGGUGCGAGCCUUCAUCAUCCAGCCGCGGGUGCUGGCCAGCCAGCCCGUGGUCCAGGUGCUCUUCUACGUGGCGGGCCGGGACUGGGACGACUUCGACGUGACCGACCGGCUGCCCUGCGUCCGGCUGCACGCCUUCCGCGAGGCCCGGGAGGUCAAGAGCUCCUGCCGCCUGCGGGGCAGCCUGGCCACCUGCCUGGUGCAGGCCGAGCUGCCCCACGCCUGGUUCGGCCCCUCGGCCGUGCCCCUGGGCAGGAGGAAGGUGCCGGAGGCCCUGGACCUGAGCGGCGAGAGCCAGCAGGCCGAGCUGUACUACACGCUGCAUGCACCCGACGGGGCCGGGGAGUGCCCCGGAGAGACGGCGCCGCGCCGGGGGGGCGGCGCUGCCCGGACCGAGGGCCCCACGCAGCACCCCUUGCUGCGCGUUGGCAGCAUCAGCCUCUUCCAGCCCCCGCCCGCCCAGCUGAUGCAGGAGCACAGUCUGGACGGCAACAUCUUCAUCCGCCUGCCGGACAAGCCCCUCAAGCCGGGCGAGGUGCUCAACGUCCUCCUCUACCUAAUGGCCAACUCCACCGUGGAGCACUUCACGCUCAGGGUGAAGGCCAAGAAGGGCGUCAACCUCGUCAACACCAAAUCCAGGAACCUCCAGUGGCUGGUGAACUCUGAGCUGCUGACGGGCGGGAAGCACUCCACAGCCACUGUCGAUGUGGCCAAGGCAGACGGCGCGCUGCCCAGGGACGGGGACUCCUCCUACGAGAUCAUGCAGUUGGACUUUGAGAUGGAGAAUUUCACCAGCCAGGCCGUGACGCGGCGCAUCAUGUGGCACAUCGACUACCGGGGCCGCAACCCGCCGCCCGACCUGGAGAAGGUGGUGACGGAGCUGACGGUCAUUCAGCGGGACAUCCGUGCCAUCGUGCCCCUGGCCAUGGACACAGAGAUCAUCAACACCGCCAUCCUGACGGGCCGGACGGUGGCCAUCCCGGUGAAGGUCAUUGCCAUAGAGAUGACCGGCGUCAUCACGGACGUCUCGGCCAUGGUCGAGUGCAAGUCCAACAACGAGGACAUCAUCAAGGUGUCCAGCAGCUGCGACUACGUGUUUGUGAGCGGGAAGGAGACGCGCGGCUCCAUGAACGCCCGGGUGACCUUCAGCUACGAGCACCUGAGCGCCCUGCUGGAGAUGACGGUGUGGGUGCCCAAGCUGCCGCUGCACAUCGAGCUGUUGGACCCCAGGCUGAGCCAAGUGAAGGGCUGGAGGGUGCCCAUCCUGCCGGACAGGAGGUCAGUGCGGGAGAGCGAGGAUGACGAGGACGAGGAUGAGCGGAAGCAGAGCCGGGGCUGCACCCUGCAGUACCAGCACUCCACCCUGCAGGUCUUCACCCAGUUCCACACCACCUCCUCGGAGGGCACCGACCAGGUCAUCACCAUGCUGGGCCCCGACUGGCUGGUGGAGGUCACCGACCUGGUCAGCGACUUCAUGAAGGUGGAUGACCCCCGGGUGGCCCAGCUGGUGGACAGCAGCACGCUGGCCGGGCGGGAGCCGGGCACCACGCUCUUCAAGGUGGUGUCCCCGCUCAUGGAGGCAGUGCUGGGGGAGACGGUGGUGACGGUGGCGGACGAGAAGGUCAGCAUCACCGAUCUGAAGGCCCAGGUGGUGUCCAGCCUGUCGCUCUCCCUCCAUCCCAGCCCCGGCAACAGCCACACCAUCGUGGCUAAGACGGCCGCCCAGCAGACCCUGAACUUCUCCAAGCAGGAAGCCCUCCUGAGCAUGUGGGUCUCGUACAGUGAUGGCACCACGGUCCCCCUCUCCCUCUACGACCCCAAAGACUAUAACCUGGUGGUGAGCAGCCUGGACGAGAAAGUGGUGUCGGUGACCCAGGACCGGGCCUUCCCGUUGGUGGUGGCGGAAGGCGAGGGGGCUGGCGACCUGCUGCGUGCCGAGCUGGUCAUCUGCGAGAGCUGCCAGAAGACCAAGCGGAAGAGCGUGCUCUUCACGGCGCUGGCCAGCGUGUGGGUGCGCUUCGGCUCCGAGGAGGACCCCACCUAUGACUAUGGGGAUGCCGGCCACGUGCCGAGCAAGCCGGGGACCUCAGGGAAGGAGGAGAGCGCGGCCAGCACCACCCUGCGGGCAGAUGUGGAGAGGAAGCCGGAGCCCAGCCAGGACAGCAGAGCUCCCAGCAUCCCCCAUACCACUGAGGACUUCCCCACCAUCCCCACGGGCUUCGUGCAGGUGCCGCGGGGGCUGACGGACCUGGAGAUCGGCAUGUACGCCCUGCUGGGCGUCUUCUGCUUGGCCAUCCUGGUCUUCCUCAUCAACUGCAUCGUCUUCGUGCUGAAGUAUAGGCACAAGCGCAUCCCGCCCGAGGGCCAGACCAACAUGGACCACUCCCACCACUGGGUCUUCUUGGGCAACGGGCAGCCCCUGAGGGUCCAGAAUGACCUCUCCCCUCCGCCCGAGAGCCCCGGCAAUCCGCUGGAGAGCGUCCAGACCUGCUGCCAUGGGGACCACCACAGCAGCGGCAGCUCGCAGACCAGCGUGCAGAGCCAGGUGCACGGGCGGGGAGAUGGCUCCUCGGGAGGCUCCACCAGGGACCAGAGCGAGGACCCGCUCAACUCGCCCACUUCCAAGAGGAAGCGGGUGAAGUUCACCACCUUCGCCACGCUGCCCUCCGAGGAGCUGGCCUACAACUCCAUCCCCAUCGCUGACGAGGAGGACCUGGAGUGGGUGUGCCAGGACAUGGGGCUACAGGAUCCCGAGGCGCUCCACGACUACAUCUGCAGGAUCAAGGAGAUCGCUUAGCCACGCCACGCCAGCCACUGCCCACCGGCCGGGGCUUGAGCGGAUACCCCAGACCCUGACCGCGGGAGCCGAUUUUCGAUACUCCCCCCCUUUCCCUUUCGCUCUCUCUUCCGCGCACGGGGCUCCCCCUUCUGCCACUUUUUUUUUUCUUUGAAAGGGAACGAGUGUCGAGCGAGCCAAACGGAGCGGGGUGAACCCCGGCGUCCCAAGGGAGCAAGGGGCCACCUCUGCCUUCCGCCCACUCACCGCCAAAGUGCCGAGGUGCCUGCACGCUGCUUGCACAAACGCCCCCCGUCCUGCUGGGCGCUAGGUGGCACCGUAGAGGGGAGCCGGCGCAGCGGGGGGCGCAGAGCCCCGCGUUACGGGGAAGACACUGGUGGGGGUGGAGGAGCCAGAGAUAGAGCAAGAAGUGGGGGGGGGCAGGUUCACACCUGGAGUGAUAACGGUCUGCGUGGAGGGCUCAGCUUGGAUGUGCCCGCUCUCCACGUGCCCUGACGCUGCCUUGGCCCACCCUGCGAACCACUGACCGAGCGGCGCGGCCUCCUGCCCCGCGGCCUCCGAGCGAGCGUCGGCCACGAAAGACGAACAGGAUUUCUCUGCUUUACUUUGUUGCACAAUAAUGUUGAAUAAAUAUACAUUCAGG